AUGAACUUGUAAGAAUUUAAAAACAAAUAUUAAUUAUUUAGCAAUCAUGAUAAUCUUUCAAAUGCUUUAUCUGGUAUUUCACCCAGUGGUUCUACUCAUUUGAGGGAUUCUAUUAGGAGAGGUAUUGAUUUAAUCAUGGAUAUGAAUCGCGAUCUAGAGAAAGUAAAUGAAGAUUCUGAAAGACAUUUUCUACAUAUAAUUAUCACUGAUGGCGAAGACACUGGUUCUAGAACAUCUAUAGAGGAUUUGGCAAUGAUCAUGUUUGCACUAAAUUUAUGCAUUCCAAGUUAAAUGAUACAAAACCACUUUAUAGGAAUAGAUUUUGAUCCUAAUUCUAGUGAUGCUUAGUAGUUAGCAGCGCUCUCUUAUCUUGGAGGAGAUACUUCAUCUAUUCAUUUAGCUUAGACAGCUAACAUAGAUGAUAUUUUUAAAAGGAUAUAAGCAUAAGUGAGAGUCUUGUAAUAAACUAGAGUAUAAGCUAUAUAAUCUAAUAAUAUAGCUGUAAUGAGAGUUUAAUAACAGGAGCAAAGAAUGUUAGAACUUAAAAUUAAAAAGUUUAUUGUUGUGUUUAACUUAGAUAUUUCUGGCUCAAUGGCUGGUUAAAGAUGGAGGUAGGUAUGUAAUUGUGUUUCUAGAUUUACAGAUUCUCUCACUGAAAAUGAUUUUGCAUCAGUCAUCCUUUUCAAUGAUUCUAUUAGAAUAGUAUAGCCUAUAACUAUAAGAAUUGAAUUUUAAGUAUCUUCUAGACCAAGCUAGUAGUAACAAAAUAAUUAAUAUACUAAUUAUAACAAUUAAAAUAGUAGACCAGCAAAUACAUAAUAAUAAAAUACAAGAGCGAUUUCAUAUUAAAACAAUAAUAAUUUAUUAGAUGAUCAUUAUUCAGAAAACCAAUAAUUAUUAGAAAAAAAGAAAAGAUAAAGAGAUUUAAUAGAUGAAAAAUAAAAAAAUUUAUGUUGCUGUGCAAUAUUCUGA